AAUCACAACCUUUUAUAUGCUUGACACGUGGCGGGACAAGGGACACUUGAACUUCUACUCAGUCGCAGGAACUGGACGGAGUAGGAGAGACAAAGAAGGAUGAGUAUGUUGUCAGGGAAAGCUGCUUACGAUCUCUUUGUCUAUGGCAGUCUCCAGGAACCCGAAGUCGUAUACGUGCUUCUUAAUCGCGUCCCUGACCAUGUCUCCGCCGUACUCUCCGGCUUUCACAGGUUUAGACUCAAAGGCCGUGUCUAUCCAACAAUUCUACCGGACGGUACCGGAAAAGUCAACGGAAAGGUGCUAAAGGGCAUAACAGAUGAUGAACUGAAGAUGUUAGAUGAGUUUGAAGAUGUUGAAUAUGACAGAAAGACUGUUGAAGUAAUGCUGACGGAUACUUCAGAGAAGCUGCAAGUCGAAACAUAUGUAUGGAAGAACAAAGAUGAUCCGGAUCUUUAUGGAGAAUGGGAUUUCGAGGAAUGGAGACAACAUGACAAGGAAGAUUUCGUAACAGCGACCAAGAAGUUUCUGGAAAAUAGGAGAUUACCAGAAGCAAAGACGAGGAUGGACACAUUCAAAACAUUCUUUAAGCAGGAUCUUGAGAAUGGGAAACCUCUGGACUCUUGAUGAUACUUGCACUUAUACUAGAGUGACUGCUAUUGCUUCACUUGAAAUAAGACUUGUGGAACAAUGCUUCUUGGCAUGUUUUGAAGAAAUCGAAUGUUCAUGACUUUUGUGAAACUACUAGCGAGAACUGAAUUGGGCUUGCAUGAUCAUUUAAUCAGACGAACUCGUAUGAGUUAUGAUUUGUAAUUUCAUUGAAAAGUUACUGUGUUUUUACAAAUGAUGAGUGCCUUAGAAAAUAAGCAUAUCUAUUGUUUCUCUA